AUGUCAAAGACCGUCAUUACAUUUGCAACUAUCCUGAUUCUUCAUGGCGGUGGAUCAACUUCGAAUUUCCCCGAGCUCAAUCCAGAUCUUGAAAUGUACCAGGAUAUACCCAAGGGGUUCCCACUUACCGAGACUUGGUACAUGCUGUACAGAAACUACGAGGAAGACCCAAACUUCGGGACUUCUAAAUGCGUAAGAUUCUCCCAGGUGGGACCUGAAGAGGAGGGUGGAUACCAUAUUUUAAUUGAGUAUGGAGAGGAGCCACAGUCGGCGAAUGCGCUAUUCACGCUUGCGUCGACUGAAGGAUAUACUUCCAAGAAUCAGUUAAACUUUGUCCCUGAGGGCCAAGAAGAUUCACUACCCCUAUACUUGUCGUUUAUGGAUGUUGGAAAAUGCACUGUCUACAGAAGCAUCUACGUUAAGGAAGAUGCCUGCACCGUCGUCGCUCCGAAGAGUCAACUUGGGCAAAGUACAACCUGCGAUUUCGUUUACGACCUGCUGUGUGGUCCCAAGAAGUAUCAAACUUCUGACGCCAGUUGUCAAAAUGAAGAUUAA